CAAGCAGAUCGUAGUUGUGGUGGUCCAUCAGAGCCAGUAGUGUCUUAUAAGCUUAUAUUGCAUUUUCACGGAUUUGAAAGUGGCCCAGAAGUUAAAUUUACGCUUUGGAUUUGAUUUACUUCUUUGGUGUUAAUAUUAUGGUUAGUAGUGGCAUAUUUGCACGAUAUUUUCUUGCUAGUUGUGGUGAUUGUCUAUGACUCAGUACGGUGAGUUUUCCUCAGUAUUGCAUCCAUUUAAUGCAUGAUUAUUUCUGUAAUUCCUUUAAGGCAUCUGUUCGAAGAAUGAACUUAAGUCAUGCUCAACAGCAAAAACUCCUUGCUGAGAACAGAAGGAAAGAGAUUGCUCGGGAAGAUCAAAUGAAGCGAAUCAACCAGGAACGUGUUGUAGAGGCUAACAUGUCCAGUGAAGAAAGGAUAGAAAAUAAACGAUUUCUACGUAGACUUCACCAGGAAGCGACUGAAAGAGAAAUGGACGAAGGAAUCAGAAAAGUAAAGGCUUUUCCUUUUCAGUAUCUGUUUAUGACAGUGGGUAAAUUUUUCGCGUGCAAGUAGUAGAUCACUUUCGUACUUAGCAAUCAAGUAAUCGGCGUCUUGUUUGCAAACUGGAUCCCAAUAUCUAUAGCAGAAAUGUGUAUGCUAUGGUUUAAAUUUUUUGCUGGGAGUUUUUUCUUCCUAAUUUUUAUUUAAACAACAUCUUAAAUUGGAAAAAAGAACAAUCAAAACAAACUGGUUUGAAAGUGUAUACCCCCCUCCCCAAAUAGAAAACAAAUCUAAUGUUUCGCAGACAUAUGCCUUGUUGCAAUUUAAGAUCUCUCAGGACAAAAGCCUAAUGGGCAGUGACAGUUACUCAGAUGAAGUUGGGGAUUGUCAUGGAACUUUCUCUAACAAGUUGUUGUGUGAUUUAAUUCUUGGUUUCAUUUUAUUUCUUUUACUUGAUAUUAUCUGUAGUUCCUAUUGUUGAUUAUUGGAUUGAAAUUUCAAACUGUUUCACUUAAUACUGAAAAAUAUGUAUGUCAUCCAAAGACAGAAUGAGAUACAAACUGGCAAAGUGGACAUUAAUUUGUCAUUUUUGGUAUUGUUGCCCAACUGAAAACACUUUUCUUGGUAUUUACAGUGAAGGCUCCCUUCAGACUUAGCUGUGAGUAAACAACUUUACUCAUGAACCUCAAGGUGAAAUCAGAUAUUGGCCAGCUGUUGCCUGAAACAGCCAACUAAGAACUUUUUUGCUUCCCAAAGGCAAUAGUUCCUGUUUAAGGAAGCCUAAACUGUAUUACAUGCAUGUAACAUGAGACUACACAGAAUUAACAUCAGAUACUGUGUUUCCUCACUAGCAACAAGAACAAAAGAUUCUUCAGGAAAGACAACAAGAACAGGAAGAAAGACUGGCCAAGGUUAGUACACACACUGACCCAAUACUAAUGGUGGAUGUUUCAUCCUUUAGGCCUAAACCAGUUAGUAUUGCCAAGUAGGGUACAGGCUUUAGGGCUUGAGUUUAAACAGGAUGUACAAUAUUUGUAUUUAGCCCCUUGAACAGAGGAUCUUCCUGAACUGAGAGCUGUUUUUAAACACUGUUACACUGAUUGCAUUGCUUAGUCUAAGGGCGAAAUACAGUCCGUGUUGAUUUUAAGUAUAGAGCGACUAUGGUAGGUACAAAAACUAGAGAAACUUAUGACAAAUUGUGGAAUGUAAAAUGUAUGUAUUAAGUAAGUCUAAACCCUUUAACUCCCAAGAUCUGAUUGUUAAUUUCCUACCUCUACAGUGUAGGUGCUACUCAUUUCCUUGCAAAUUUGUUAACAACUUCUACUUGAUAGAUUUGAGUAUCCUUAUUACCUUUUGCUGAAUAUUGUGUGAAUAUUAUAGGGAGAUGUUACUUGUUAAUCACUUUUGGAAGUUCAAAGUUUAAAGCAGUUUGUGUUGAUGUACUUGUGCAUCUAUUUUAUUUACUAGAACUGCCUGAUCAAUAACAUGCUAAACAAAUGGUUGGCCCUUUGAAGCAUUGAGAGAUCACAUUUUGGCUCUAAAUGUUUUUUAAUUUCAUUAAAAGAUAGACCAUGUACAGUCAAUGUGCCUGGCUUGUUGAUCAUCAGUCACCUAAAGUUAAACCAGUAUCUGUAUCAAUUUUGUAUCAUGCAGGAGCUUGAAAGGAUGAAGUUAGAGAGUCUUCGAAAAGAGAAGCUGACACAGCAGAUACGAGAAAAUAGGUAAUGUGUUAUCGUCUAAUACCGCAAUAUCCAGUGGAUUUGUAUGAAUUUGUGGUGAAUAUUUUUGCUGCAAAGAAGUGAAUAUACACAGUAGUUUUGUUUGUCAGUGGUGGCAGUGAGGGGAAUGGAGAUAAAUAGAACCUUAUUUUAGUUCAGAAAAUUUCAGGCAAUCAGUGAGUAUGUGAUCAGUAAGUCCAUGAUGUUUCAGAAAAACGAAAACUGUCUGGGAUAGUUGGGAAAAUCUGGAAUAUUUCUAUUUUCCCAGAAAAUAUCCAGAAAAAGUCUCAGAAUUCUGUGAUGAUUGCUGAUCAUUCAGGAUUAAUGAAAACUUUUACUGUCACUGUUAGGUAAAAAGAGGAAUGGCUAAGCUGCCAGACCUAGCUACAGUACCACUGAGUCACAAAUAAAAAAUGGCAUGCAGAAGAAUUUGGUAAUGAGACCUGUCUAUUUACCAUUAUAUCACCAAAAUCAGGGACAAUUUGCGAACAGUGAAAUUGCAGGUCCUUCAGAAUUUUCCCAACAUAUGAAAACCAGGCUAAAGAAGGCAUUAUACAAUUAAAAAAAGAUAAUAAAAGCACCCGACAGCUUUGAACUUAAAAGUUCCUGCCAUCAUAUUCAUUCACCUUUCUUAGAGGGUGCAAAACCCUCCAGUAAAUUUUUUUAUUCCCAAAAAUUGUGUAUUUAUAAAAAGAUGUGAAAUGGACAGUUGGCUUAACACUCAGAUGUUACAAGAAACCCCUCAAAUCAACUGUCAGACCCUUCUCUAAAUUAAAUAUUCAUGUACGUGUAUGUAUAGCAGUUUCCGCCAGCCAUUCUCUCUUUCCCUCUCUGGUGUAAUGUGACACCUUGUACCUCUGGCUUGAAAGAAGUUACACUUUUGGUUGGGACAAUGCAAAUUUUUUCACAAUUAGUGUGACUGUGCUCCCAAAGCAUUCAGCUAUCUGGACAUCUAAAAGUAUACCAAACUACAGUGAACUCACUGAACAAGGGCUAUACUCUGAAAACCAUCAUACAAAUAAAGUCUUUAUGAGAUAAAAGAUCGAAGUGUUUAUUUAAUAUUUUUAGUGUUGAAUUGAGGGAACUUGAAGCCAAAUUAAAAGCAGGAUUUAUGAAUCGUGAAAGAGCAGCUCAACUGGCUGAAAAGAGAGCCAUGGCACUUGACAGUAAGGUGAGUUGAUGUAAUGCUGACAUUUUUUCCAAAUUGUAUGUGCUCUUGGUGUUGAUAUUAUAAUAUCUCAUUAUUCUCAUGCUUGUAGACCGAAAUCUCACUCUUAUGGGAAAAUAAUUUCCCACUUUUGAGUUAGCCUUAGUUUUUGUACUUUUCUACCUCAAGUUAAGUUAACUGUUUGUAUUUACAUUGAUUGAAAAAUAUUUUGAAAAUUUGAAACUUUUUCAUGAGUCCUCUGCUAAGUAAUGUCCACCUUACAUUGUGUAAAUAUGAGUGCUUUAAUUGUUGAGAGAUCUCAGCAAUGUUUGAAAGUUGGCAGAAUAUCUAUAAUAGUUUCCAGUAGGUUUCAGAUCAAAUGUAAACAUAUGUUUUAAUUGUUGAGAGAUCUCAGCAUUGUUUGAAAGUUGGUGGAAUAUCUUUGAUAGUUUCUGUAGGUUUCAGAUCAAAUGUAAAUAUGUUUUAAUUGUUUAGAGAUCUCAGCACUGUUUGAAAGUUGGCGAAAUAUCUUUAAUAGUUUCUGUGGGUUUCAGAUCAAAUGUAAAUAUGGGUUUUAAUUGUUUAGAGAUCUCAGCAUUAUGUGGAAGUUGGCAGAAUAUCUUUGAUAGUUUCUGUAGGUUUCAGAUCAAUUUGAAAAUCAGGCACUUGCGUACAGGAUGAAGAGGUGUUUUUUUAGAGAAGUUCUACAUUUCGUGAAAAUAUCUUUUUCUCAAUUUGUUUCUUUUCUUUCUUUUCCUUUGCCCGUUUUGCGAACCCAGAAACGGGAUGAUGAAAUACAUGUUAAGAUGCAAGAGGAAUACAAGCGAGCACAAGAAGUGGAACGAGUGAAAGAAAAACAACGCUGGGAAGAAAGUGUCCGUUAUCAGGAGCAACUUGAGAGGCAGCUGGCAGAAAAGGAGCGCCGCAAACAGGAGGCUUAUGAGGAAUUCUUGAAAGAAAAGCUCAUGAUUGAUGAGAUCGUGAGGAAGAUCUACGAAGAAGAUCAAAGGUGUGUAGCAAGAUGUUCACUCUUAGGUGUUAAGUUUGUUCUUCGGUUACUUGGCACUGCCUAUUAUAGCGCUUUUCGAUUGAGUGUCACAAUACCAAACCAAAGUGAUCACAACGGGGAAUCAGGAGAUAGGAAAAUACCUCUAAGAGCCAGUGAGAACUCAGUGUAAACACAACCGAACUGCCUCAAGCGCGGAAAAUGCAAGUCGUGAAUGGAGUUAGUUUUGCAUCUGAUUGGUUGAGAAAGUGGCGCAAGUUUUCUGGACCAAUCACAGAGCGAAUCAAUGUAAAACCAAUGCACUCGCAUAUUUUUUCUUUCGGCAAUCAAUCGGAAAUUGCUCUAUAGUUUUGUAAUUUGUGACUUCAUUCGUGUUUAGAAGCUAUAUCAAACAUUUAUUUAGUGUACACCAUUUUUUCAGUUUAGCACACAUUGUUAUUGAAGGGGGGGGGGGGUACAUGUUAUUUCAUGUACCCAAGACGUUCACGCAUACUGCCUUCUCCUACACUGGCUUAACACAUACACACAACAAAUAAUUUGAACUCGUAACUAGUGGUAAGUAGUCUCUUAAACAGAUAGAGGGAGACGUACUCUUAACCCAUACAUAACUAAAUGUAUCGGUAAAAGUGCAUACUUAAAACUGUUCAUUGUUAAUGUCACAAGGGAGCUUGAAAAUAGACUGCAGAAACAAUUGGCUACUCAGCGGUACAUUGAAGAGUUUAAGACGAAGCGAGCUGAGUGGAAAGCGCACGAGCGUCGUUUGAUGGAGGAGGAGAAUGAACGCAUUUUGGAGUUUGCAAAAGUGCAACAACAACGGGAGGAAGAUAGAAUGGAGAAGAAGAAACAGCAAGAAGAGAGUAUGGCAGCUGUGCAACAGAAGGUCGGUAUUAUGAUCAUACUAUGACGAGUAUUAGCGUGUGUGUUGUAAUGAGCCUUCUGAGGGCUCAUUAGUUCUCAGGGCUUUCCGGUAGGGGAGGUGAAUAUACUGGAGAAGGACACUUCCAGUAGAAGGACACUUCCAAGAGAGGGAGAGACUUAAUAAGAACUCAUCGAGGGCCGCAGUUUGAGUUUGUUUUUUUGUUUUUACUCUGAACUCCCGCCAUGCGUGCUUUGCUUUUCUUUGGUUAUGUUAUGUUAUGUUAUCUACAGAAACUACGACAGGUUUUAAACUGCUAGAAUAUUUUGACCUGCAACGCUACCCAGCUCAAAUGUGUACCGUGUAUUUUACGCUAACUGAUUGUUUUAAGGAUAGGCUGGUAGAGGGGGCUCAUUAGAGAGAAGCGUGCUGGUCAGAGCGUUGUUGAGUUGUUAAAUUUUGUUUUCUGGCUUGAAGAAUAAUCAGUACAGUUUUAACAUAGAACGAGAGACCCAAACUAAACGCAAAUGGUGGUUUUCGCUCUCUUUGUUGUCUAAAGGGAAUGGUUUAUAGCUAAUUGUUGUGUUAAGUGCAAUUUAAUGUGCAGAGGAAGAAAAAAUUAAGUUUAAACUUUGUUUUUUUAAUGUACGUAUUUCCUUUCAGCUUACAAAACAAAUCCAAGAAGAAACCGAGGCUAGGGAAGAAAUGGAAAGGUACAGAAAAGAAAAAUCGAACAGAUAAUCAAUUGACGCUUGGACAAACGAACUAACGGAAUGAUGGAUUAAAGAUUGUGCAACUGCAUAUUUGAUUUCAAUGGAACUGUUAAUUAUAAGGUGUCAUCAAUCUCUUUAUUUUUCCUUUUUCCAUUCAGAAUUCGAACAGAGCUGUAUCUCGAGGAACAAGAGGAAAUGGAGAGACAGAAGGAAAAGGUAAAGGCUUUUCUUAGUCUUCUUAAUUUUGUUGUGAUACACUGCAUCUCCUUCAUCCUCAGUGACUAAACUUUGGAACUUUAACUGUAUAGAAAGGAAAGUGUAAAGAUGUCUGUUUUGGAACGAGUGAAGUGAAAAAAAUAUUGUAAUCCUGAAAAUUUAUGUGAAUAACAAAAAUUAGAGCCAAAUGAUUACUGGCCAAUCUACUAAAGGAUUAUUUCAUUAUGUUAAAUGAAAGGAAAACACCAAGAUAACAAAUCUAAAAAGAAAUGCUCUUAAUUUCCCAUGCGCAUCUUAUCAUGAAGGCGCAUUUAUUGAGACUCUUCGUUUUGCUUCUAUCCUUAUUUAGAUGGCGAUCGAAAACAGGCUUCGCCAGCGGUUGGACUUGCAGAGCACGCGUAGACAGCAACUUGAGUUUAAGGAGAUGAAGCGACAAGCAGAGAUGGAAGAAGAAGAAGAAUUCAGAAGAAAGGUAUUCUACACGAAGUGUUGCUUUCGCUUCGAUGCGUUUUACUCCACUGAUUUCCUGAGAGGAAUCGUGCUCAUUCCACCAUUGUUUGCUGACACUAAAAAUGUUUCUCUUUUAGAUGCUCGAGAAAUUCGCAGAAGAUGACCGAAUUGAACAAAUGAACGCUCAGAAGAGACGAAUGAAGCAACUGGAACACAAGAAAGCAGUAGAAAAAUUGAUUGAGGACAGGAGAAUUCAGUUCCAGAGGGAAAGGGUUAGACGACACGUUUCUUCUAAGUGCAGCAGAUAUGUUGUCUUAUUAUACACCAAUGAAAUACCAAGUGAGCUUUCGCGCGAAAACAUGUUUCUUCACACGUGAAGGUCACAUGUUAUCUUCUCUCGUGAAAAGAUCACUGUUGCUAUGGUUACAUAUAAAAAUAUAAAAAAAUUAUUUUGCUUAUGGCUGGGUUUUUUCCGAAAUCAAAAAUUCUAAAGGCCAUUAUUUUAAACAAUUUUCAACACUCGAAGCUUUGUAUCUCCGCGCGGCCGUGUAAUGUCCCCUUUUUUUUGUUGAUGAUUGUUUCAUUUACGAAAAUAAUUUCUUUUUCCUUUUUAUCAGGAAGCAGAACUGGAGGCUCGUCGUGAACAAGAAAGAAUGGAGGAAUACAGGAGGCAAAUUAUUGAAAGAGAAAGACAGAGGAUGCUGCAAGAACACGCGUCCAAACUUCUUGGUUUCUUACCUAAGGUGGAUAUUUCCUAUACCUCUUGUGUUCUGUUGUUAUGGUGUCUUUUGACUGUUAUUGAUUUUUAUGUAGCACAAUAGUAGUAUUUGUAUUACAUUACGUUGUAUACUUGUCGCGCAAUUCGUCCUUCCAGAUGACACUUCGAACGUGGCUGAUUGCUUAGGUUUAGUUCCUUUCAUGUUUGAAAAACUCAGUAAAAAGCCUGAAAAAGGCUUCUCAGCCAAAAAUUUCGAAAUACUCAAUCCAUCAUUCUCUAUCCUUAGCCUUCCCGUCUCUACAAUGUAUGUGGAUUGCUCUCUUCGUUUCGGUGCUUUUCUACCAUUCAAGCAAUUUUUUCAAAGGAAAAGUAUGGUCCAGAAAAAGUAUUGCUUUGUGUCUCCGCUUGUCGAAAGUACUGCGUUUUGAGAUCCCAAAGAGAAACCUAACGAAAAUUGCUUUUAAAUGAGUUAUAAAUCCGACCACGAACGACGCCAUUUUGAAUUUUGUCUAGCAAGUCGCUUAUCUGGGACGCUACGGUCAGAGUCUCACUCUUUUCUUCACCUCGUAACCAUCUGUUUGAACAACUGGAAACUAAACACAAAACAUUCUUGCUCAAACUGAAUAAGGUGGUAGUGAUAAACAGAGCAGCAGUUUGUGGGGAUAAACUGAUUUUGGCGUUCAUAGUCGAAUUCGUAGCUCAUAUGAAGAUAAUUUUUUAAUGGUUAUAUAACUCUUUCGAAACUCUAAACGCGGUGAGUGGUAAAUUUUUACAUAUACUUUAUCUCAUUUUUAUUCAUCAGGGUGUAUUACGUGACGAGGAAGAUCUUGAGUUGUUUGAUGAACAAUUCAAAGACGCAUACCGAGCAAGAAAAGUCGACUACUUUGAUGACGAUGACGACGGAAGUUAUUAAAGUUAACUUAUUGGGAAAUUACAGCAAUCGACCCAGAUUCAAAAGGAUUAUUAAUGUCAAAACAAUGCAUAAGAAUUUCUUUCUCCAGAUAGUGUCCGUAAAAGGUUGAAAUUGAAUAUUUUCGCGUUUUCAGAAUGGGAAACUUAUCGUAAAGCUUGCUUUGGUUUUUUAGUCAGUGUUAGAGACAUAUGCCUUAGGUGGUUAUGGAAAAGUAUAUCAAUUUGAAGCAGUUAGUUCAAAUGUAAAUAGCAUUGUUUAGCAUCUUUUGUAAUAAAUAUUUGAAACCAAAUUAUUUGUUUUUACAAAUAUAUUACGAACUAGAAGUGUAGUAUCUCCUGCUUGUGUUCUGUUUCCAUAUUUGCAAUUAAGUGUUCAAUAUGCAUCUGGUGCAAGAAAUACCAUGAAUAGGUCACUUGACAAAUGUGGGGGCAAUUGGCAGUAUAGUUUCAAAAGUAUCCUGAACUUCUUUGGUUUUACUCUCUUACGUAAUUUGAUGCAGAAGUUACACCAAUCUUGACUUAAGUACUUGUGCUCAUGCAGAUGAGUUUUAAAUUUUAAUUAUCUUUUGCUUAUUGUAUCCCUACACUGAUUGGCAAACAUGAAAAAGCAAUUUGCUUUGCUGCUCUUUAUCUGAAUAACAAAGGUUUCGUUGGGUUAAUUAAACCAAGUUAUCUUAUAUUUUUAACUAAGUAUUUUUUUCGUCUGAAAGUUAAGUACCCCUUACGGUUUCAUGUUAAAGAAAGACAAACUUUUAAUCUCAUAUGUCAAAUAUUUGUAAACUUUAAGACUUUUUUUGUGUUCCCCUCCCC